AUGUCUACCAAUAGAGGGCAGGGGCUCUCGUUUUCACCCCUCAGCGAGGCAGUGCCAACACUUCCAGCACUCCAAGCCAGCGUGACCACCGACGAGCACUUGACGUUUGGAGACCCUGAACCAGAGCGGCACCAAUUGAACUUCCAUUUCAAAGCCUCGAAAUUCUCUGCUUCCACUCCUGAAGCAUGCGCCACAUGCGACAAUGGAAUUCAGAAGGACUUGGGUACGGUAGAGCGAGCAGAUUUUGUUGGUGGGGAAUUCAGUGGUCCUGAAGAACUAAACCCAACUACAUCCCCUCUCUCUGUCACAAAAGCAGAAGCCCCCCCAUGA